AUGCUCGACAAGAUCAAAUCCAAAUUACAUCUCGACUCGCACGAUUCUUCGUCUCCAUACUCUUCUCAAACUACGAACGAUUAUUCGCCAAUUCAACAGUCGCAUUUUUUCCCUAUUCCUGUAAUAACUGGGUUCACAACGCUUCCAGGAUGCACAGCCCCGAGCGUAUGCCCCACACCGCUAGACGACAAUCCGCUCGGAAUUCAAAAGUCGACUCCGGGAUUCUCACGACGUACAGUACAGAUAGACGGGCUAGACACAUAUGAGGCAUCGUAUCCCAAGGGGAGUAUCAAUCCCAAGGGCGAUAUCAGAGGCGGCUUCGGAUGCUAUCUCGAACGGGGCGAAUUUGAACAGGCGAGGGAUGUGAUAUUCAGCUACGCAAUCAAGUUUGAGGAUGGUUUUGAUUUCGUCAAAGGAGGGAAACUACCUGGAUUAUUCGAACGUAUCUUGGCAGAUGGAGGCGCAACGCCCGAAUUGGCGUAUGGGUGCUCUGGAGGGAGACAGGACGGGCGUGACCAGUGUUUUAGCUUACGUCUCAUGUGGAGACCAAAGGGCGAGGGAGAGAUAUAUGCCUAUAUCCCAAAUACUCCCUCCAACCACGACGCAUUACAAAAUGUCCCGCCAAAAACGCACUGCAAUCCAGAUUUCGGUUGGUCAAUCGCCCGAGGGAGUUUUGCCUUUGCGGCAGGGGAAUGGACAACGAUCGCAGAGCGAGUGCGUUUAAACGACAUCGAGUGUGCGAACGGUAUCAUACAGUUAUGGGCAAAUGGUAAAUUGGCCGUUGAUAUCCAAGGAUUGGAGAUCCGGGUCGACAAGGACGUCGUUUUCCGUGGUGCCCACUUUCAAACAUUUUUUGGCGGCAAAGCCCAGUAUUGGGCCUCAACAAAGGACCAGUGUGCUUACUUCGGCGCCAUCGGUGGAGGAGUUGUUGAGUGGUAG